AUGACACAUUCUCCUAAUCAACAAAAUCAAAUCCUAUACAGUGAAAAUGGUGAGUGGAAGGAUAUUAAACCAAUGUAUAACACUCCUGAUGAAGAUUGUGCAGUGAAGAUUUCAACAAGUUUAGAAUUUGAUGAUGCUUUUGCUUACUUGAGGGCCGUUAUGAAUGCAAAUGAGCUGAGUAAGCGUGUACUUGAAUUGACAACAAUUUGUAUAUCUUUAAACGCCGCUAAUUAUAGUGUUUGGAAUUAUCGGCGUAAAGUUCUUCGUGCAUUAGGCUUGAAUAUUGAAGAUGAAUUAAAAUAUUGUGAAACAGUUAUCGGUGAAAAUCCUAAAAACUAUCAAGUUUGGUAA